AGAGAGCCAGGAGUCAGAGCGCUUGCUCUUUCCUCUCCCUGCCUUGCCCUUCUCUCCUUCCUCCCUCCUCUUCUCCGGGAAUCGCCACGCCAGGCAUUUUGCCCCGUCUUCGCCUGUGUUUCCUCCCUCAAUCUCACCCACUCCGGAGCUGCUGGACUACAACUCCUUCUCCCUCCCACCCAUCUCUCAGCCACGGAGGACGGGAGACACCCAGAAGUUGAGACGCGGUGGGGGAAUCUCCUCCGUCUCGGCGUCUCGGGAGGCUUUGAAGCCUGAAUGUGCUUUUUGGAUUGGAGAGGGUUGGCUUGUCUGGCGCUUGGGGUCUCCUCCAACUCUGUGAGUCUCCUGGAAAUAUGCUUCCUUCUCGGGAGGUUUUGAAGCAGAGGCUGGGUACUGACAGCGCCUGGCAGGGAGCGGGACUGGAUGGCCCUUGGCAUGACUUCCAUGUGUGAAAUUCUCCUCUUCUCCUGGAAUAGUGUGGUGGGGUCUCCUCUGGAGUUUUGUCAACAGAGGCUGGAUGCCCCUCUGCCAGGAAGGCUUUGAUUCCUGCAUGGCAAGAGCUCUGACUGGAUGGACCUUGGGGUCUCUUCCAAGUGUGUAAUUCUCAUCUAACCCUGGCCUUCAAGUGCAGUGAGGUUUCUGGAGUUUUGUCCACCGAGGCUGGGUGUCCUUUUUCCAGGAGGGCUUUGAUUACUACAUGGCAAGGGCUCGGACUGGAUGGCCCUCGGGGAUCUCUUAAUCCUGGAAUAGGUUGCCUUCAAGUGUGGUGAGGUCUCCUCUGGAGUUUUGUCAACAGAGGCUGGGUGCCCCCCUACCAGGAAGGCUUUGAUUCCUUCAUGGCAAGGGCUGGGACUGGAUGGACCUUGUAGUCUCUUCCAAGUGUGUAAUUCUCCUCUAACCCUGGAAUAGGUUGCCUUCAAGUGUGGUGGAGUUUUGUCCACAGAGGCUGGGUGUCCUUCUGCCAGGAGGGCUUGGAUUGCUCCAUGGCAAGAGCUCGGAUUGGAUGGCACUUGGGGUUUCUCGCAAGUGUGUAAUUCUCCUCCUGGAACAGGCUGCCUUCGAGUGAGGUGGAGUCUCCUCUGGAGUUUUGUCAGCAGAGGCGGAGUGUCCCCCUGCCAGGAGGGCUUUGAUUCCGGACUGGGUGCCCUCGGGGUCUCUUCCCACUCUUGGACUCUGCCUCUCCUCUCCUCUCCUCCUGGGCGAGGCCAGAGCCUGGCAGAGUCUGCCCUGGGCGCUGCAUGGCCAGGGCUGGGCGUGGGUGUCCCCGGGCGCCCCUCUCGGCGCUCUCCUUGCCCGGUGGUCCCAUGCGCGCCCUCCCGGCCGAGCCAUGACUUUUGCCCGGGCGCCUCCGUCGGUGGUGGUGCUGAACGUGGGCGGCACCCGCUACUUCUUGUCCCGGGAGGUGCUGAAGGACUUCCCCCUGCGGCGGGUGAGCCGCCUCCACGGCUGCCUCUCGGAGCAGGAGGCGCUGGAGGUGUGCGACGACUACGACCGGGAGCGCAACGAGUUCUUCUUCGACCGCCAUGCCGAGGCCUUCGGCUUCAUCAUGCUCUACGUGCGGCACGGGCGGCUCCGCUUCGCGCCCCACAUGUGCGAGCUCUCCUUCUACAACGAGAUGCUCUACUGGGGCCUGGAGGGCGCCCACCUGGAGGACUGCUGCCAGCGCCGCCUCGACGACCGCAUGUCCGACACGUACACCUUCUACUCGGCCGAGGAGCCGCUCCAGGCCGAGGGCUGGAACAGCAGCGGGAGCAGCAAAAGCAGCUGCCAGCACCAGCCUCCCCCUCCCGCGGGCGGGGAAAGCGACCCCCUCGGGCCCCCUCACCCCGGCCCCGCGGAGAAGAAGUGGCUGGAGAGGAUGCGGAGGACGUUCGAGGAGCCCACCUCCUCCCUGGCCGCCCAAAUCCUGGCCACCAUCUCCAUCCUCUUCGUGGUGGUCUCCAUGGUGGUGCUGUGCGCCAGCACCAUGCCCGAGUGGCGGGCGGCCGAGAACCGAAGCAUGGAGGAGAACAGCAGGUACACAGCAGACUCACUCAGGGAGCCUUCAGGGAUAAUUGAAGCAAUCUGCAUAGGCUGGUUCACUGCAGAGUGCAUUGUGCGGUUCAUCAUCUCCAAAGAUAAGUGUGAGUUUGUCAAGAGGCCUUUGAAUGUCAUUGACUUGAUGGCGAUCACUCCCUACUACAUUUCUGUGCUUAUGACAGUGUUUACAGGGGAGAAUUCAGAGCUUCAGAGGGCUGGAGUCACCUUGAGGGUCCUGCGGAUGAUGAGGAUUUUUUGGGUGAUUAAACUUGCCCGGCACUUCAUUGGUCUUCAGACGCUUGGCCUAACUUUAAAGCGAUGUUAUAGGGAGAUGGUGAUGCUCCUGGUCUUUGUUUGUGUGGCUAUGGCAAUCUUCAGUGCACUCGCCCAGCUCCUUGAACACGGGUUAAAAAUUGGAAAACCCAACGAAGGUUACUCCAGCAUCCCAGCUGCCUGCUGGUGGGUCAUUAUCUCAAUGACUACGGUUGGAUACGGCGACGUGUGUCCUGUUACAAUACCCGGAAGGAUUCUUGGAGGAAUUUGUGUGGUCAGCGGGAUUGUUUUGCUGGCUUUGCCGAUAACAUUUAUUUAUCACAGCUUUGUGCAAUGUUAUCAUGAGCUCAAGUUCCGGUCUGCUAGGUACGGCAGGAGUAUUUCAGUGGAAUUCUUAAAUUAAUGAAUAAUACAAUUGCAAUUUGCAGUAGCACCUAAUAUAGUGACUGAUCAAUUGAGGGUGGGGAAAUGCCUUUUGCCCUCUUCACCUUUUGUCCUCUCCACCUCAGGCAUGGCCACUUGCUCCUUGCUCCAUUGUAGCUGAAAAUGACAAGUGUGGAAACAAAGAUAAAAGUCUUAAUUUUCCUGUUCUCGUCAAUCUUUAAUGUCUAUACUCUGUGGGCAUUUCAGGAGUUGCGCACUGUUCAAAGUGAAGUACAUAUGUUUGUUUUUCACUCCUUGAUUUUUUUAACUGUUAUUUUUAAUUUCAAGUUUUUUUCUGGUAGUUCGCUUGCAUUGGACACAAGUUUGUUAACCUAAAAGGCAUAUCCACUGAAAUCAAUGGCCAUAAAUGAUUAUGGUGGACCUUUGGUUUCUGCUGACAUUUGGUUCCAGGACCUGCAUGGAUACUAACAUCCAUGGAUGUCAAGUUCCAUUAUAUAUAAUGAUACAUCAAAAUGACAAAAUUAAGGUUUGCUUAUCUUAUGAGCUGGUCAUUGACCAUAAUAAAGUGAACUUGAAGGUUUGCUUUCUCCAUUUUUUUUGAAUAUUUUCAAGCCAAGGGUGGCUGAAUCUGUAGAUGUAGAAUCUAUGAAUAUGGAGAGCAGAUUGUACUAAGGUCAAACAACAGCCCUAAGGACUGAGAAGGCUAGAUGAUUGCAUUGGCCUUCAGGAGACUUUCAUGGGCUUAAAUUGGUGGGGAGGAUGACAAAAUGUGGUAUAAACGCACCCUAUGCCCCUCAAUGGACAUUUUGGAGCAUUUCACAGCAAUUUGGAGAGAAGAAAUUGUGGCUUCAAACAUUGUUGAAAUGUCAUCAAUGACGUAUGCUGGAUCAAAAAAGUUUAUCCUUAGGGUCUACAAAAGCUGCCAUUUUGCCCACACCUGAUUUAAGCAUAACCAACCCAGAUCCAACCAAGUGACCACCAUGUGCUUUCAGAGUGGCUAGAUGGAAUUUAUUUAGUUUCAAAUAGUGGCAUUUUACAUCUUAUGAAGGAAAAUAAAACUGCUCUUCCAGGAUAAAAAAAUGAAUAAUUCAGCUUGCUUUGACCACCUCAUUGGGUAUGCCAAUAAAUAUUUCUGGAAUACAUCAUUUGUCUGUAAAUUGUGAUUAAUGGGAUCUUUGCAAAUGUCUUUAGGCAAUGCUCUCUUUGGUGUAGAAAACAUGGUUGUCCCUCCUCCUCCUCCUUUCCCAAAUCAGGUGUAAAUCAUUCUGUCAUGUUAGGACAGACAUCAAACUAGACUUAACAUCUGACUUAGGGAAAGGUAUGCUAUUUUGAAAUGUUUAAAAGGGGAACAAACUGGUAUUAGAACUGAAGGUGAUAUGAAACAUGGCAUUGUAUGUGUUAAUCCAUGUUACUGAAAUUUGGUGGGGUUCCUGAGAAUCUUAUCUCAGUGGCAGCAACAGUAACAGUAUAUAAACAAAGACAUUCUGUUAGCCUUUACCAGAAAUAAUUCCCUGCAACAGAUAGCCACAGAGAAAUGUGAGAUGCAUUCUGAGGCACCUUCUUAACUAUGACCAGUGCCAGCUCCCAGACCAACUAGGGAAUGUUUCUCCCCCAAAAUGAUGGAGAUGGGUCUGGCAAAAUCCAACAUGGCAUCUCAGAUACUUUUGUGAGCAUACAACCUAUGAUACUCACCAGCACUGUCAGAAUGGAGAGUUUUCUUGGUUAGAAGCCAUUGCAUUAUAAAUGCUUGAGUCAUUGGCUAAAAUAACCUUCCUAUAUAUUUUUUUGUAUUUGCAUAUAACAUACUGGUAGAUAUCUAGUUCUGAGUCUUCUUAUUCCCAGUGGAAUUGAAUUAUUGCUACAUGCAGUGCUGAUCCUCCCUCCCCCCAUGACACCAUUGCAUCAGUACAGUGGAGGAUAUAAUCUCAGUGAAAGCCAAGUAAAUCUGUAUUAACAAAAGUGGGGUCAACAGAGUCCCUGGAUUCCAGAUUUACAGCCAAGAUGAGAAUCAGUCCUUAUUUAUUUGUGUCAACAUAUUUUUUCUGAUGGGCCUAGGGUUUGGUUUUCUUUUGUGUGCUUUCCCACACACACUUGAAGCUGGAUAAAUCUCACUGAUAUGAUAAAUCCUCUUUCCUGUGUUUGGGAUUAGCAACAAAUAUACCAUAUGUAUUGUGGCAUACAGCUACUGUUCAAUGGUGAGUCAAGUGUCAAAUCAUAAUGGCCAAGAUCCUGUCUGCCAGUUUGACUGUGUUGGCAGAAGAGAAGGUUGGAUGGUAGCAGAGGAAAAAGGGCAAUGCAGCAUGGGAUGAACCACAGCAAAACUCAUCUUUGUCAGGAAGUAAGAUUGCCACAUCAGCUUCUGGACUGCUUGAGGGAUAGUGCAGCAAAUUUCCAUGCUGAUAUAGAUGGCUUUUGGUACUGGUAUGUGGGUUGAAAAAGUGAUUCAACACCACAGUAAGAGAGACACCACUAGUGUAAGUUGACACCAAAUUUCCAGUCAUUCAUCACUUUGGCUGCACAUGUAAUAUAUUGCCUGCAAUUCCAUGUUGCAAGCUAAAUUCCAUGACUUAAUGUUAUUUUUUUGUUCUACAGUAGGUGCUUCACAUUUGGAGGUAAGACGUACAAGACUCCUGCAAAUGUGUAAAAAUUAUGAAUGAAAAACCAUGGUUGAUUUUUUUACCUAAGAGAACAACUCUCUAGAAAUCUCUUUCACCAGGAGUUGAUCAUAAAAUCAUGCUGGAGGACCUUCAAAUGUCUAGAGAAGUGUUUGUCCUGGGAAUCUAUAGGUCCUUCUGUGCAAUUCUAUAGUUGCAAUGAUGAUCAUACCGGGGGCUCUAGAGAUUCCUAGCCAGAACAUAUUAUUGAAUCCAUUAAUAAUUAGAUUAGCAAAAAGUUAAACUCACAAAUGUGGAAGGCUGACUGUAUUCACAAUCACAUUACAAUAGCCAGAGUGAUGCUGAAGACAAUUAAAAGCAAGUUCCAAAUCCUGUCUUGCCAUCAAAACAGAGUGGGCAAGUUUCUCUCCCUCAGCCUAACCUCUCUCACACAAGGUGAUUCGUCCAUAGUUAUUAGAGAAUAAAAUGGAAUAUAUACUCAGCCUUAAACUCCCUGGAGUAAAUAUAUGUGUACUAUACGUAAACAGAUUUCUGUAAAACUUAUUGAUAUUUGUAGUCUCACAGGACUCUGUUCUUUUUGCUAUUGCAAAAUUACUCUCUUGGAGAUUUCCAUGGGGAAAUCAUGUACGUCUGCAAGUCGAGGUACAGAAUAAUUUUCCAAAAAUAUUAUGCAGAGCAGAGCAGCAAAUCAAUGGUGAAAAUUAGCAAGCCAGAAAUGUUGUUGUCUACUUUUUUUAAAAAUUACCAAAAUCUCUUUCCAGUUUUUAAUCCUGUAACAAAAUCUGCCUAUAUCUCCUUUGAUUACUCUAUAACCUUGAUCAUGAAACAUUUCUUUUUUUAAAAUGGAAAAUCUUUGGAUUAUUUUGAAACUUAGUGCCAGCUGUCUUUUGUAAAACUGGCAAUUCUGCAGAUGAUUUGAAUAUCUCAGUACAAUGGGAUUUGUUAUCUGUGUCUGAUAAAGAACCAGAAUGAAGGAUGCAAUUCUAAACUGAUGUACCUUAAUAUAACUAAUUGAUUGAACAAAAGGAAAUAAAACAUAGCUGUAUGGUAUGGAAAAGGGGCUCUCUAGCUGAAUGUAAGCUGUACUAUGUAAAAAAAAUAGUAUGUACUCUCUUGUAAAUGUAGGACAAAAUAAAAGAAUGAUUGUUCUUAUAUAUUAUUUCUCAAUGAUACUAUUGAUAUGAUAUGGGAAAGUAGCCCUAUAGAUCUAUGCUGUUAAACAUUGACAAUACUUGUAAACCUGACAGUUUUCUGUUUUAUCGAAUUCUUAAAAUCUGCCAUAAAUGUGAACUUUAUAAAAGAAACCAUGGUAUUUUUUAAAAUCACGAAUGAGCAUUUCUUACUGCUUUUACUAAAUUCAAUUUAACAGCUCUUAAAAAUGUGGUGAUUUGUUUAGAAUCUGGGAACCAUUUUAUUUUUGGAAAAUAGAUUGGUGAUGAUCACUGUGGAAGGCAUCCUCUUGGAGACCUUGGAGGGUGACAUCUGCUUCUUCAAAGGGGGGAGGGGUCCCUAAAUUCUUCUAAGGAUGUGGGGCAUUUUCACUGUGUUUGGGGUUUUAAAAAUUGGUGGAAAAUAUGGUAGAAAUGCCCCUUAUGCUAUCUAGUACAGACUAAUGGUUCACAAUCUUUAAGAGACCAUGGACCACUGAGGCAAAACUUGGAUACAUCAUGGAUCAUCAAGAUCAAUCAACCCCUCUCCCCACAGAAUGCCCACUGCUCCUUCCCCUUCCCUUCCCCUUCCUCUUGCCCUUCCCCUCCUCAUGAGGAGCCAGUGAUGGAGCUUCCCUCAGCCCUCACCUUCAUUGACCUGCUAGCGUUGGAUGCCUCCUCAUCCUUGCAAUCCAGCCUGUGAAAAGGGCUUACUUCCUUGCUUCAAAAGCAAGUAAGGAAUGAAGGAUCCAAUGCCAUCAUUCCUGCUCCCUCCUAUUGUCCAGCAUUGGACCCUUCCUUCCUUACCUGCUCUUGAGGAGGCUGCUGUCAGAGCCCCCUUUGCAAUCUCCUUGCAACCCAGCUCCUUGCUGCCUAGGCCUGAAAACGGGGCUCUGGCAGCAGCAGCUUCAAUCCUAGGCAAGGAAGGAAGGAUCUAACACUGCCCUUUGCCCGGUGUUGGAUCCUUCCUUCUAUACAGGCCCAGGUGGAUGGAUUGCAAGGAGGACACUCCAAAUGGGGCUCUGGCAGGAGCCGCCUCAAGAUCAGGUAAGGAAGGAACAGUUCAAUGCUGCUGAUGGGAAUGGAGCCAUUGGAUCCUUUCUUUCUUGCCUGGGAUUGAGAAAGCUGCUGCUGAUGAUACUGCCAGAGCCCCAUUUGCAGGCCCAGGUAACAGGGAGGGGUGGCUGGGUUGAAAGAAGGAAAUUGCGAACGGGGAUUCAGCAGAGAAACCUCCUUUAGUUGGGUCAAUAGCUCUGUUUGGGAUGAAGGAGGAGAGGAGGGCAAGCAGGAGAAGAAGGGUGAGUGUGUGUGGUGGGGGAUUGUGCGGGGGGGGGGGGGGGGAGACAACUUCCUCAACAGCUAUGCUGCAUCAACUCAAUUUUCUGUGAAAGAUCCCCAUGGACUGCUUUUCUGUUUUUUUGUGGACCAUCUGUGGUCCACAGACCACUGGUUGGGAACCACUGCUUUUGAACAUAUGAGGGUCAAUUAUUUUGAAACAUUUUGCAAAAAAUAAAUAAA